GCCCACCUCAGUCCUCGACUGUCAGUCAGUCAUAUAACGUCGGUGUUUCUGCAGGUGCUAGACGCGGUGGUGCAUUGGUGUAAUAACAGUCUAAAAUAAAUAUUUAAAGAUGGCUUCAGCUACAGCUACCUAUGGACAGAAGGAGUCCUCAGACCAGAACUUUGACUACAUGUUCAAGAUCCUCAUCAUUGGAAACAGCAGCGUGGGCAAGACCAGCUUUCUGUUCCGCUACGCUGACGACUCCUUCACGCCGGCCUUCGUCAGCACGGUGGGUAUCGACUUCAAGGUGAAGACGAUCUACAGGAAUGACAAGAGGAUCAAGCUACAGAUCUGGGAUACGGCAGGGCAGGAGAGGUACAGGACUAUCACCACCGCUUACUACCGCGGAGCCAUGGGCUUCAUCCUCAUGUAUGACAUCACCAAUGAGGAGUCCUUUAACGCCGUGCAGGACUGGUCAACCCAGAUCAAGACUUACUCUUGGGACAACGCGCAGGUCCUGCUGGUGGGAAACAAGUGUGACAUGGAGGACGAGAGGGUGGUGGCAGCAGACCGGGGUAGGCAGCUCUCUGAACACUUGGGGUUCGAGUUCUUUGAGGCCAGUGCCAAGGACAACAUCAAUGUGAAGCAGACGUUCGAGCGGUUGGUGGACAUCAUCUGCGAAAAGAUGUCUGAGAGCUUGGACGCCGCCGACCCGGCCAUCACAGGGGCCAAACAAGGGCCCCAGCUUACCGAGCAGCCCGCAGCCCCCCAACAGGACUGUGCAUGCUAAAGCUUAAUGACCCCCCCACAUCAACCCAUCCUCAGGUCCCCUCACCCUCACAACCCCCACUCACCCAUCUCCCCCAAAUGAACCUAUCACUCCAUACGGGUGAAUGGGUGAAGUUCACUCUGUUUUUCCCAUGAUCCUCUUGUGCCCUCUGCACCCUUUACUCUGGUUGUCACUAGUUACCACAGACACAAAGUCAUAAUUAUGGCUUAAACCCCACUUAUUUCUACAAUGUAAAUUCUUCAAAUCUGAUUUUUAACCUAACCUUAACCACACUGCUAACCUUAUGCUUAACUCAAACCUUAAAUUAAGACCAAAAAGCUUUUUUUUUUAAAAUCAUACAUUUCAUUAGCCAAUUUUGUCUUUGUGACUGUGGUAACUAAAUCAAAUCAAAUUGUAUUUGUCACAUGCGCCGAAAACGGGUGUAGACCUUAUAGUAAAUGCUUACUUACAAGCCCUUAACCAACAAUGCAGUAAAAAAAAUACCUAAAAAAAAAGAAGAAUAAGAAAUAAAAGUAACAAAUAAUUAAAGAGCAGCAGUAGAAUAACAAUAGCGAGGCUGUAUACAGGGGGUACCGGUACAGAGUCAAUGUGCGGGGGCACCGGUUAGUCGAGGUAAUUGAGGUAAUAUGUACAUGUAGGUAGAGUUAUUAAAGUGAAUAUGCAUGGAUAAUAACAAAGAGUAGCAGCAGCGUAUGAGGGGGCAAUGCAAAUAGUCUGGAUAGCCAUUUGAUUAGAUGUUCUGGGAUAUUAUGGCUUUGGGGUAGAAGCUGUUUAGAAGCCUCUUGGACCUAGUCUGCUAAAUGGCAUAUAUUAUAGACUUGACACUCCAGUACCGCUUGCUAUGCGGUAGCAGAGAGAACAGUCUAUGACUAGGGUGGCUGGAGCUUUGACAAUUUUUAGGGUCUGCCUCUGACACCGCCUGGUAUAGAGGUCCUGGAUGGCAGGAAGCUUGGCCCCAGUGAUGUACUGGGACGUACGCACUACCCUCUGUAGUGCCUUGCGGUCGCAGGCCGAGCAGUUGCCAUACCAGGCCGUGAUGCUCUCGAUGGUGCAGCUAUAGAACCUUUUGAGGAUCUGAGGACCCAUGCCAAAUCUUCUCAGUCUCCUGAGGGGAAUAGGUUUUGUUGUGCCCUGUUCACAACUGUCUUGGUAUGCUUGGACCAUGUUAGUUUGUUGUUGAUGUGGACACCAAGGAACUUGAAGCUCUCAACCUGCUCCACUACAGCCCCUGAGAAUGAGGGCGUGCUCAGUCCUCCUUUUCCUGUAGUCCACAAUCAUCUCCUUUGUCUUGAUCACGUUGAGGGAGAGGUUGUUGUCCUGGCACCACACGGUCAGGUCUCUGACCUCCUCCCUAUAGGCUGUCUCUUUGUUGUCAGUGAUCAGGCCUACCACUGUUGUGUCAUCGGCAAACUUAAUGAUGGUGUUGGAGUCGUGCCUGGCCGUGCAGUCAUGAGUGAACAGGGAGUACAGGAGGGGAUUGAGCACACACCCCUGAGAGGCUCCCGUGUUGAGGAUCAGCGAGGCAGAUGUGUUGUUACCUACCCUUACCACCUGGGGGAAGCCCAUCAAGAAGUCCAGGAUCCAGUUGUAGAGAGAGGUGUUUAGUCCCAGGGCCCUUGGCUUAGUGUUGAGCUUUGAGAGCACUAUGGUGUUGAACGCUGAGCUGUAGUCAAUGAAUAGCAUUCUCACAUAGGUGAUCCUUUUGUCCAGGUGGGAAAGGGCAGUGUGGAGUGCAAUAGAGAUUGCAUCAUCUGUGGAUCUGUUAGGGUGGUAUGCAAAUUGGAGUGGGUCUAGGAUUUCUGGGAUAAUGGUGUUGAUGUGAGCCAUGAACAGCCUUUCAAAGCACUUCAUGGCUACAGACGUGAGCACUACGGGUCGGUUGUCAUUUAGACAGGUUACCUUAGUGUUCGUGGGCACAGGGACUAUUGUGGUCUGCUUGAAACAUGUUGGUAUUACAGACUCCGACAGGGAGAGGUUGAAAAUGUCAAUGAAGACACUUGCCAGUUGGUCAGCGCAUGCUCUGAGUACAUGUCUUGGUAAUCCGCCUGGCCCUGCGGCCUUAUGAAUGUUAACCUGUUUAAAGGUCUUACUCACAUUGGCUGCGGAGAGCAUGAUCACACAUUCGUCCGGAACAGCUGAUGCUCUCAUGCAUGUUUCAGUGUUACUUGCCUCGAAGUGAGCAUAGAAGUUAUUUAGCUUGUCUGGUAGGCUCAUGUCACUGGGCAGUUCUCGGCUGUUCUUCCCUUUGUAGUCUGUAAUAGUUUGCAAGCCCUGCCACAUCUGAUGAGCGUCGGAGCCGGUGUAGUACGAUUCGAUCUUUGUCCUGUAUUGACGCUUUGCCUGUUUGAUGGUUCGUCGGAGGGCAUAGCGGGUUUCUUAUAAGCUUCCAGCUCCUUGAAAGCGGCAGCUUUAACCUUUAGCUCAGUGCGGAUGUUCCCUGUAAUCCGUGGCUUCUGGUUGGGGUAUGUACGCACAGUCACUGUGGGGAAGACGUCAUCGAUGCACUUAUUGAUGAAGCCAGUGUCUGAUGUGGUGUACUCCUCAAUCCCAGAACAUAUUCCAGUCUGUGCUAGCAAAACAGCUUAGCUCUGCUUCAUCUGACCACUUUUUUAUUGACUGGGUCACUAGUGCUUCCUGCUUUAAUUUUUGCUUGUAAGCAGGAGUCAGGAGGAUAGAAUUAUGGUCAGAUUUGCCAAAUGGAGGUCGAGGGAGAGCUUGUACGCAUCUCUGUUUGUGGAGUAAAGGUGGUCUAGAGUUUUUUCCCUCUGGUUGCACAUUUAACAUGCUGGUAGAAAUUUGGUCAAACGGAUUUAAGUUUCACUGCAUUAAAAUCCCUGGCCACUAGCAGUGCCGCCUCUGGAUGAACGUUUUCCCGUUUGCUUAUGGCGGUAUACAGCUCUUUGAGUGUGGUCUUAGUGCCAUCAUUUGUCUGUCGUGGUAUGUAGACAGCUAUGAAAAAUUCAGAUGAAAACUCUAGGUAGAUAGUGUUGUCCACAGCUUAUCAUGAGAUACUCUACCUCAGGCGAGCAAAACCUUAAGACUUUCUUAGAUAUUGUGCACCAGCUGUUGUUUACAAAUAUACAUACAUCGCCACCCCUUGUCUUACCAGAUGCUGCUGUUCUAUCCUGCUGAUACAGUGUAAAAUCCGCCAGCUGUAUGUUAUUUAUGUCGUCGUUCAGCCACGACUCGGUGAAACAUAAGAUAUUACCAUUUUUAAUGUCCCGUUGGUAGUUUAAUCUUGCUCGUAGGUCAUCGAUUUUAUUUUCCAAUGAUUGCAUGUUGGCCAAUAGAAUGGAUGACAGUGACAACUAGUGACAACUCUUUACUCUUCUCCUGAUUGUGGUCAUGAUGGAGUUCUCUAUCCAGAGUCUGUCCCAAAUCCUUAUCAUUGUUUACCUUUCUUUCUCUCAGAUUAAUGCUUUUCUGAUAUCAGCCUUUGUUGGGGACUGAUGGGAAUGCCAUAUUAAACUAUGUGUUGACAUAAAAAGGUCAAUCAUUUGGAAAAUUGUCUUGAUAUUGAAGCCUAGUACAUAUAUACUGGUCUUGUCCCUCCUCUCUGUGCGAAAUAUAAGUAAACAUAUUUAAUUUACAUCAGUCAUUGUUUUUUGUUGUUGUGUGUAUUUAUUAGAAUCCCCAAAUAGCUGUUGCUGAGGCAGAGGCUCCUCUUCCUUGCCUCCAAAAAGGAGACAACAUAGAUUUUUUAACACCAUUCCUUAUUCCAGUCUCAAAUUUUUGUCCAAUCAGCUUUUAUUUUUGUAUACUGGUACCUCUUUCUUUUUUAAAGCUUUUCGUACAUAGAAAAAACCUGUAAAGGAAUAACGAACAAAUUAUAGAUGAGUUUAAAAAACACAGAGACACCUCUUUAUUUAUUUUUGUUUGACAUUUUUCUGUAAAUAAUGUGCAGUACAAGAUAUAUAUGGUAUACAUUUAAAAAAAUGUAUUUUUCUUUUAGUAUAAAGAAAAUAUCUAUGAAGAUGUAUCAAAAAUGAGAGAUCAAUGUUGUAUAUUUUCUCUGGAUCCAUUUAUAUAUUGUUUAAUUAAUUUAAUUGUCACCCCCCUUUAGCCCAUUUAGACAUAACUUCUCAGCUCCUACUAGCCCCUCAGAUAUGUACUAAUACACUCACUAAUAGCAGUAAAGAUGAAUGCUAGUUUGCAUGGAAAAAGGCUGAAGCCACAAAAGCAGAGCAUUCUAUAGCUGCAGUGUGUCAGCAUCGUUCACCGUUUACAUCUGUUUCAAUUAUCUUGUUUCAAAUAUUUGGGAGAAAUAAUGAAUUGCAGUGUGCAUGUUACAUCAGGGGCAAUACUUGCCUCCAUAUGACUUGAAAUAGGCUAAAUGAGACUGCACAAGUGAGAUAAGAUUAAAAAGAGAAAUCAUACUAUCACACAUCCUGUACAAUAACAUAGGUUUAAAAAAAAGCUAUUUAGUAAACUUUCAUUUAGGGACGAAAAAUAUGAAUGACCUUUUGCCUCUUGUCUGUGAAUUGGUUAUUCAGUCCAAGGUCUCACUCCAGGCACGUUUCCAUCUAAAUGAGAGAAUAUAUUACUAAUUGUAUGUGAUCGAAACCACUAUCUCCCUUAAGCCUUUCAUUAUAUUAUACCAAUGGUUGUUUCAAUGACCUUUACUAGAGAACGGAUGAGUGCGAAACAGUCACACAGGUAGAUCAGUCUUUCAAUCAUCCUCAAUAGAUGAAGAGGUCAAAUUUAUACUUCAUUGAGUCCCACCAAAGUUUUGAUGUGGGACGAUAAUGAUAAUUGUGUAACACUAAUAAUAGAAUAAUACUACUGUAGUAACAAUUACAAUAACAACAGUAUCGAAUCAUCGUGAACUUGAGUACCUUGCAGUUCAGUAUACAUUUUCAACAUUAUUUUCUAUACCACAUGGCUGUGAGUUCUCAGUAGUAUCCAGAGAUCCCCCUCUGUAAACUGUCCUCCUCCUUUCCGAUGCGGUCUUCCCUUCUAUGAAACAAACUGUAAAUACAUUUUAGUUAUAGUAUAUAUGUUUAAUGUGUGGAUUGCGUUGUAUUGACUCCAGGCAUGCAAAACAAAAAGGGAAAAAAAGCUGUAACUUUCGUUAUUACAAAGCAAUACAAUACAAAUAGCAAUUAUGUACUUGAUGAUUAAUAUAUUUAUUAUUUUUAAAGGUUUAGUACCUCAGGUUCAGUUGGAAAGUGUCGGGUCAGUUUGUUCUCACUGCUAUUUCUAGGUAGUAUAGAACUGAAUUAGUGGAUUUAUUGCGUUUGUGGUGAGAAAUGUUGUAUCAGAGAUGGCACCAAAGUUACAAAAAAAACAACUACAAACAUUUGACUUGAGUGUAAAUUUUGAAAAGUACUAUAAGAGUAUUUUUGAGCUGAUGUUUUUAUUCUUUGCUUAGAAGGCAACCUUGUGUUUCCAAACCGACCAAUAAGGUUUGCGUUGUCAUGAAGGUAUUGUAAUUUUAGAAAAAGACCCAAAGUGUUGCUUGUUUUUGGAAUUUAUUGAAUCGUUUUGUUUGUGUUCUUUUUUUUAUUAUGCAUCCACCAAACACUGUUCUGGAAAGUACUGUUGACUUGGUUUACAUGUAUCUUUACUUUGUUUUUCAAUUGUGAGAAUACAACAACUAUUAUGCAGUAGUUUGUGUAAUAUAACAAAAAGGGAAUAUAGUGUCAAUGUUAAAUUGUGAACAUUACCAAAUCUACUGAACAUGUGGAAUUCAAUGACAAAAAUACAAGUUUGUGCUGUUACAA